AUGAGAACAGUGCUGCAGAACGCCCAGGUAUUCACCGGCUCCAACGUGGAUUCUGAGAAGCUCAAACAUACGUGUAUGGUCAUCAACGACGACCUGAUCGAACAUGUCGGCUCAAAAGAAGACGAUGCAGUUGUUGCCGCAACAAAAGACGGAGCCAGACUUGUUGAUCUCACGGGUCAUACACUGGCUCCGGGGUUUGUUGACGGGCAUAUGCAUCUUCUCAUGUUCGGGACGUCUUUACAGAAAAUAAGCAUCGACCAUUGUCAGUGUCUCGAAGAGAUACAGUCUACAAUUUGGGAAGCUGCCAAAAAGGAUCGAAUCAGCACCCGCCUCAUGUGUUGUGGCUGGAUGCACUUCAUGACCGACGGGAAAGCUCUGGCGAGUGAUUUGGACGGUCUCGAUGAGCUGGACAGGCCAAUCUUUAUCGAUUCCAAGGACUUGCAUUCCUGUUGGUGCAACACUGCGGCAUUGAGAGAGAUGGGCGUUCAGGACAUGCCCGACCCGCCAGGCGGCGAGAUCCAGCGGGAUGACAAGGGUAUUGCCACGGGCCUGCUGAGCGAGGCUGCUGCAGUCGCCAUCGUCUGGCCACAUCUAGCCAAAGUGGCCUCGAUGGAGGAAAAGUUGACGGCAAUCAGCGAUGCCAUCAAGACAUACAACGCGUCAGGCUAUACGGGAAUGGUGGAAAUGGCCACGGACGAGAACAUCUGGGAGGCACUGCUGGAGUUCAGGUCUAGAGAACGACUGUCCGUCCGCCUGGCCAUGCACUGGCUGAUCUACCCUUCCAAGACAGACGAAGAAAACUUGCGACAGGUUGACCGUGCCAUUGAACUGUGGCAGAAGUACAACUUGGAGACCUCGCCCGAUUUCCGUAUAGCCGGUAUCAAGGUCAUUGGUGAUGGAGUGGUCGAUGCUUGCACCGCGGCCCUGUUGGAACCCUACACGAAGAACGGUGUCUCCUGUGGCCCGCUCUGGGACGCCGACAUGUUGAAACAAGUGGUUCACAAAGCCGACGCUGCAGGGCUUCAGUGUGCUCUGCAUGCUAUUGGCGACGCUACUGUCAAAAUGGCCAUCGACAUCCUCGAGGGCGUUUCGUCGAGUGGCCGCCGCCAUCGUAUCGAGCACCUUGAACUGACUUCUCCAGGCGAUGCGAAGCGCCUGCAAGAGGCCGGUAUUACUGCUUCGGUGCAAGCCGUGCAUGCUGACCCAGCCAUCCUGCGCGAAUGGACAUCUCUACUCGGCGAGAAAAGGAGAGGUCGUGCUUUCGCCUACCGGGAAUUCCUGGACGAAGGUGUCAGUCUGGCCCUGGGCACUGAUGCACCUACUGCACCCAACCUCCCUCUACCGAACAUGUACAUCGCGACGACGAGACGGUCAGCGAGGGAACCGGAGUCAACUGAGGUGGUCAAUCGGCACUUUGCCUUGCCCUUGUUGAGUGCCUUUUCAGCAGCCACCUACGGUGCGGCAUAUUCUUGUUUCAUGGAUACCAUCACUGGCAGAUUGGCCCCCGGAAUGAAGGCAGAUUUCGUUGUGCUGGACAUGCAGUGGGCGCCAGAGACAUUGCUGCAAGCCAAAGUGCUUCAGACAUGGUUUGACGGAAAGAAGGUAUUCGACGCGGAAGAACUAUAA